AUGGGUAGCUCUCAUGGCGCCCUUUGCAGCUCCACCAGCUCCUCCUCUUGCUGCCUGCAGGCGCGUGGCCCUUCCCUGGAUGACACAGACGGGCCGAACCGCGUGGACCCUGUGCGGGAGCUGACACCAGAUGAGCCUUGCUGCUGCCUGGCAUGGGCUUUAGCCAAAGAGAGCGCAGACUCUGUUCGUCCUCAGCAGCUUAGUCGUUUGCAUGCAGAGAUUCAGAAACAGGCGCGCUUCUUUGAAGCCAGUGCAUUAGUGUGGGAUGCUACGAGUGGUGUUUUGGUCGGAAGAACGGCUAGCCGUGGCAUGACUUCAGCAGAUUUGAUGUCACGCAUGGGUCAAUUGUUGUGCCGUUGGGCACUUUCACAGUCCCCGCCUAUGGCGCUUUAUGUGGGUGUGGAUGUAGGGGCCUUGUCCUUGGUUUCCAUAUCGACAUCUGGUCAAGCUUGGCAUGGGCCCGCCUAUGCUGGUGCACGAGUCCUGUGCUCCUCUGCACGCCGUAGCGGUAUGGUUCACCUCUCUGGCAGGGUCAAGGAGCAGUUGAGCGCCUUGCGCUUUUCGACGAUGAUCCUUGGGAAGAGCUCCACCUUCUACCUGGAUGCCUUUACCGAGGUCCUAGAUGAAGAACCCUCCGAGCGUGGCGGGCGAAAACAACUCCCCCAGAUCUGA